CCUAUUUAACUAUGCUUCAUUAUCUAGUUUGCGUCAGCGUCAACAAUUUCACAAUUUUUUAUUUCUUUCUACGACGAAUACCUUGGUUAAAUAUUUAUGUUUACAACGUGUUUUGCUUAGUUACAAUUCUCUGUUUCUAUUCAUCUUCCUACCUUUGAACAUUUUGAUUAUCAAAGUGAUUGUCUGAGAGCCUUAAAGAAAACGAAUGGCCAACAGUCAGGUUUCAGCUUUAACAGGAUGUGACCAGGACAACCAUGACAAAGAAAAUGACUUGAAGGCUUUCGACAAUACAAAAGCUGGUGUGAAAGGUCUUGUUGAUACUGGAAUACAAACAAUUCCCAAGUUCUUUGUUGCACCAGCUGAAGAGACUUGCAGUAAAAUAUGGGAUUUCUCCCAACCCCACCUGAGCGUUCCAGUGAUAGAUCUCAAAGAAACGGAUACGGAUCCUGCUCGACGUAAACAAGUUGUUGAAGCGAUUGGACUUGCAUCCAACACAUGGGGAUUUUUCCAGGUUGUGAACCAUGAGAUUCCGCAAUCUACUAUAUAUGAUGUUAUUCAAAGCAUACAGAGAUUUCAUGAGCAACCAAACCAUGUAAAAGAAAAAUUCUACUCCCGCGAAAAGACGAAGAAGGUCAGAUUCAUUAGUAACUUUGAUCUAUACAAGGCCAGAUUUGCUAAUUGGAGGGACACCUUGUUUUGUCACAUGGCUCCGAAUCCUCCACCUCCUGAAGAGUAUCCAGAAGCCUGCAGGGAGAUGCUAAUGAAGUUCUCGGAGUCUGUCAAGAAACUAGGAGAAAAUUUUUUUGAGUUAUUAUCUGAGGCACUUGGCCUCAACUCUAAUCGCCUGACAGAGAUGGGGUGUGCUGAUGGACAUGUGUUCUUCUGUCACUACUAUCCAGGUUGUCCGGAGCCUGACCGAACUCUUGGACAUACCAAACAUUGUGAUCCCGAUUUUCUCACUAUCCUACUUCAAGAUCAAAUUGGUGGUCUACAAGUUCUUCAUGAUGAAACUCAGUGGAUUGAUAUCCCACCAGUGGAAGGAGCUCUAGUGGUCAAUAUCGGGGAACUCUUACAGCUAAUCAGUAAUGACAAAUUCAAGGCUGCAGAGCAUAGAGUGCUGGCUAAUUGUAGCACCAGUCCAAGAAUAUCAGUGGCAUGCUUCUUCACAACGCAUUUUGACCCUUCUAAAACUCUUUUUGGACCUAUAAAAGAGUUGUCAGAGGAUAGUCUACCUUUGUACAGGGAAACCUCUGUAAUGGACUAUAUUGACUCUUUCAAUACAGUAGGACUUGGUGGUGUCUCAUCACUUGCUCGUUUAAGAUUAUAAAUAUGGAAGUAUAAGAAACAUAUGUAUUAAAUGAAACAACUUGAGCUCGCAAAGUUCACUCGUAUCGGGGAAUCUCAAAAUCUCAUAUUCAAGUUCAGUCAAUGGAGAGGGUGGUUGCUGUUGGAUUUCAAGGUGGUUAAACUUAGCUUUGCUAAUGUCGAGAGUGUUUAUGGAUUAAAUGUAGCUAAUUGGCAAAGCUAAUAUGAUGUGAAGCAAAUAAAUUGAAGCUGAAAAUUGUGAUGCUUUCAUUCAACCACAGCAAGCUAUUUAUAGUACAUGUUUAAGAUAACAGAUUAGCCUAAGCUUGAUGCAAAGAUCAAGGGUUGUUUUAGCUAAAAAUUCAUAAACAAAUUAUAGCUAAAAUGAAGCAAAAUCAUACCAACAGGUUGAUAACUAAGUCUGCAUAUCUUGAAGUUGCAAUCUGCAAUUAUUCCAGCUAAAAAAACUGAUUCCAACUUGGUCCUUUGGCACCUGGUAUAUACCAAUACUUCAACACUCCUCCUUGGAAUCUAGGUGACAAACAUCUAUCUUCUUCUUAAGUUCUUCAAAUCUUUCCAUAGGCAACGGCUUAGUAAAGAUGUCUGAAAGCUCUUCUUAACACUUCAUUUGAUUGUUGAACUUCUCUAAUAAAGUGAAACUUAAUUUUGAUGUAUUUUCUUCGACCAUGGAACGCUGGAUUUCUUGAAAUAGAGACUUUUGAGAUGUUGUCCACCAUGAUCUUAGUUACUUCUAUUUGCUUCUUGCCCAGGUCAUUUAAAAGUUUCCUUAACUAGAUAGCCUGGUUUACUGUAGAUGUUGCAGCUACGUACUCUGCUUCUGCUGUAGAUUGGGUUGUGGUUUCUUGUUUCUUAAAACUCCAUGUGAAACU